CUCUAGUCUAGUAAUAAAUCUUUUGUGAUUUUGGGUCUAAGGAAAACAAAUUAGAGUUACAAACUCCUUCCAUCAAUGGCCACCUCAACCGGUUCCUCCAAUCCAUCUCCGGCUCCACUCCCUCCUAAAAUCUUGCUGGCAAAGCCGGGACUCGUCACGGGCGGCCCAGUCACCGGUAAGUUCGGCCGUGGCGAUGACGAUACGGCGUCGCAUCGGUCCCGCCUCCCUCCAAUUGGAUCGCUCAACCUCCUCUCCGAUUCAUGGGACUUCCACAUCGAUCGCUUUCUCCCGUUUCUAACAGAGAAUACAGAUUUUACUGUGGUGGGAGUGAUUGGUCCACCUGGGGUUGGCAAGUCCACCAUUAUGAACGAGCUUUAUGGUUUUGAUGCUUCUUCACCUGGAAUGCUACCGCCAUUUGCGAUAGAGACAGAAGAAAGUAGAGCAAUGGCAAGACAUUGUAGUGUGGGCAUUGAACCUAGGAUUUCUUCUGAACGCAUUAUACUUCUCGAUACCCAGCCCGUAUUUAGUCCUUCUGUUUUAGCAGAGAUUAUGAGACCUGAUGGCUCAUCCACAAUAUCAGUUCUAAGUGGUGAGUCUCUAUCUGCUGAAUUGGCUCAUGAACUUAUGAGUAUUCAGCUUGGUGUUCUCCUGGCAUCUAUUUGUCACGUAUUGCUUGUGGUAUCAGAUGGAGUUCAUGAUAACAACAUGUGGCGUUUGAUGUUGACUGUGGACUUGUUGAAACAUGGCAUAUCUGACCCAUCUUCACUAAUCCCUGCUCAUUCCCUGAGCUCAAAUUUGGGGCCUGAAAAGGAAAACAAAGAUAAAGUUCAUGAAAGUGAAGAGUAUAUGGCUGCUCCAGUUUUUGUCCAUACAAAACUGCAUGAUCAAGAUCUCACUCCACAUAAUAUUGUCCAAUUGAGGAAGGCCAUUUUACAAUAUUUUGGCAUGUCUUCCUUCAUGAGAGACAAAUCUGGAAAUAUGACCAAAGAUCAACCAUUUUCUUCUGUGGCUUCUGGUGCUCAGAGUAUUGAUCCCGAUUCUGUGUGGCCAAAUUUGUUUGUAAUCCCUCUGAAGAACAAGGAUGAAUCUCCAAGAGGUCAAUAUGAAAGUUACAAUACCUCACUACGGAAAAUGCGGGAUCAGGUUCUAUCCAUGAAGUGCCCUUCAUUUGCAAGGACUGUUUCCGAACGUGAUUGGUUGAAGAAUGUGGCCAAGAUUUGGGAACUUGUGAAGAGCUCGCCGAUAAUUGCAGAGUACAGCAAAACACUUCAAAGUUCUGGCCUGUUUAGGAGGUAGCCAGCCCAAGAAGGAAAACAGAAAAACACUUCAAGGUACCCAUGUUUAGGAGGUAGCCAGCCCAUGUAUUUCAUUUGUCUUUGCAAAAUCAUACAAUGGGCGGUUUAUUGAUUAUUUUCCCUAGUUAGCUUCUUUUGAUGUCUUAUAUAUGUACACGAGCAUGUGCUUGGUUUCCUUGUUGGGUCAAAUGCUUGGCUCGUGAAGAUGAUGGGCUGAUGACAAAUGAAAUCCCCGUUUUCCUUUUUA